AUGCUUCAGCGAACCAUCCUCCCAAUCAUGGGCUUCUUGGCCCUAGCCUCUGCACAGGAGGUGCAAGUCCAAGAAGCACCUCCUCCCCCACCCCAGCUUCUCAAUUCAACGAAAUCCGGUGUCCUUCCGCAACUUCCCACUCAAACACCCUUCACUGGGAUUCCCACACUCCAGGGAGCCAUCAUUUCACCAGUACCUCCCCAGCCAGGCUACACAGGCCUCUUGGGCACUGCAACUGCAGUCUCCAACCAGCCCACAGCAACAUACCGUGCCUCACUCCCAGACAGCAUGUUCGAUCCGCUCGUGGGCACCAUGGUCCAGGGAACCAUUGAGGCCGUCGGGCAAGCUGACGGCGUGCACUUCACCGUCAACAUAACCAACCUUCCCGACCAAGCCGCGUAUGGUCCAUUCAACUGGCACAUCCACACUAUGGCUGUACCGGCAAACGGAAACUGCACAGCUACGCUCUCACACUUGGAUCCCACGAACCGUGGCGAGUACAUCAUGUGCGACGCCUCUGCGCCAGAAACCUGCCAAGUGGGCGACCUCGCGGGGAAACAUGGUGGCAAGAUUGCCACGCCCAACACCUUCUACACGGAGUUCGUGGAUGCGUAUUUGAGCACUGAGGCGGGGACCCCAGGAUUCUUUGGCGGCCUGGGGUUUGUGCUGCACUCGGCUAACACGACGAGGAUUACUUGUGCAAAUUUUGAGAUGGUCGAGAGCGGGAAUGCGACGUCAGGAAACGCGACUGCGACUAGUACCGCGACGAUGCCAGAGUACACUGGCGCAGCGGGUAAGCUUGGUGCGGGUGUCGGAGCGGUUGUUGUUGGAUUGGUUGCUGCGCUGUUGUAG